CAUCGCCCCAGUGCAGACACACACACACACACAGAUAGCCAGUCAAGCCAGGGUGACAUUACACAGAGCUCCUCGGUAACCGGGCUGUCUCUAGCGGCUCGGUGUUCACACACUCACACCCAGAGACACAAGUUACUGGACUCGCUAUAAAGUUUCUGGCCAGCUUCCCUGGGAGACAGAGAGGCGGAAACUCUCUCCCGUCGUUUUCCGAACCGAUCGGGUUGUGGGGCGAGACCAGAAGCGGCUGGAAUAUGUCGGUGACACCGGGCGGCUGUGAUCAUUUUGUUCCUGCUGGACUCUGAAGUUUGGUUCCCGCCAGGAUUCCGGGUUAUGUUCAGGAGAGAGGGUUGAAAAUCCACCCGUUUAAAGAGGCAGCACUGUGUGUAUGUGUGGCUGGGUUGAUGGAAAGUUUAACGCCUGCGAUUAAGGUUUGGCUUUGAGUGGGGAGAGCGGACGAAGUAUUUUGAAAGCAAUUAUAAAAGAUGCCAAGGGUGAGUGGUGCCCAGCCGAACGGGAAGCCCCGGCUGCGCUCCCGCUUCACUCCGAUGCUCCCAACCAAGCGCGGUGGCCGGUGCCAAGGGCGAGGGGUUGGCCGGCAGGCUGGGCAACUGGAAGCCUCUGAUCGCGAGGAGACGCGCCUUCCGAUGCAGUCUUUGGACGGUGGAGCGGGCCGGCGGCCCCAGGCCAGCGCUCGGAGCACCGGCUGCAGCCCGGGGCCGCUGCGGCGGAGCACCCGGCUCUCCUCGCCAGGAGAGCUGAAUGGUCCCUUCCAUUACCAGACAAGCCAAGAAACUUAUAAUUGUAAUGAAGGCAGUGACGACAAGAGCGACGAAAGUCCCAGCCCAAAACGUCGGCGUCUAUCUCAUUCUGUCCUCGAGAUCCAGAGUGCAUCUCCUCUCCCGACGCCACCAAUGCGACCAUGGGAAAUAACAGUGAAUAGGCGGCCUCCCUCAGCCCCUUUCAACCAGCGACGAUUCUCAGGGGAAAGGUGCAACACACCAGCACAUCACAGGAGAAGUUUCAGUCUUUUUACAUUCUUGCCGGUUUGUUGCAGUCCUCCUGCGCGACGCCAGUGGGGUAGGCGUGACAGACCUUUGCAUAAUCCCAUCAACCAGGAUGAAAACUACCACCAUCCUCCAUAUUCACAGCAAAUGCCUAUAGAUGAAAACCGAUCUUACAAUCAUACAAACCUAUCACCACGUAUGCUUCACCCUGCUGCUCAUCCUCCACAGCAAAAUCCUGUAAUGGUGGAUCUCCAUGAACAGAUGCAUCAAGGAACAGUCCCUGUGUCCUAUACUGUCACCACAGUAACGGCACAUGGUUUCCCACUCCAUGCGGGGCAACAUAUUCCAGGGUGCAACACACAACAGGUCCCAGCAUGCUCAGUAAUGUUCAGUGGACAGCACUACCCAGUCUGCUGCGUUCCACCACCUCUGAUUCAUGCAUGCACAAUGCAGCAUCUGCCAGUCUCUUAUCAAACCUUCCCUCCACUUAUCUCCAGUGAACAUUUUAUAUUGCACCCUCCCCAUCUGCCACCCCACCAACAUCCUCACCUUCCUCCUUUGGGCCAGUUUGUUCCAAUCCAGCCACAGCACCCACGAUUGCCCUUGCAGAGGAUAGAGAAUGAAGUUGAAAUGAGAGGGGACCAGCAUCCAGUUGGGGGUUUUACCUACCCUCCUUCACAUCAUCCCCCUGCCAUGCCUACUUCUGUCCCUCUGCAGUACCUUCCUCAUGACCCUUUACACCAGGAGUUGCCCUUUGGAGUGCCAUACCCACAUGUUAUGCCACGGAGAAUGACUGGACAACGAUACCGCUUACAGCAACCUUUGCCACCACCUCCGCCCUAUUACCCCAGCUUCCUGCCAUAUUUCUUAUCAAUGCUUCCAGUGCCUCCUGCUGUGGGACCAGCUAUCAGUGUGGAGCUCGAGGUGGAGGAUGUGGAAGUUGAAAAUUAUGAGGCACUGCUAAACUUGGCUGAGCGACUGGGAGAAGCUAAGCCGCGGGGGCUCACCAAAGCAGAUAUAGAGCAACUUCCGUCCUAUAGGUUUAAUCCUGAAAACCACCAGUCAGAACAAACCUUGUGUGUAGUGUGCUUUAGCGAUUUUGAGUCGAGGCAGCUACUUAGAGUCUUACCCUGCAACCAUGAGUUCCACGCCAAGUGUGUUGAUAAAUGGCUGAAGACCAAUCGUACAUGUCCUAUCUGUCGAGCCGAUGCUUCUGAAGUUCACCGAGAUUUAGAGUAAAGCCAUUUCCGCAGCACAAUAUUGAAGACGUUACCUAGGUGACGUGGGGGGAGCACAAUGUUCACCCACGCAUCCGUGUUACCUUAAGCCUUCCCCUUGAACAACAGCAAUCUAGGAUCUUAUCUGGAGUCCUGUUACCUCUGUUUGCACCGUGCGAUUUGAUGACUUCAGCAAACACCUAGUAUCUUCGCUUAGAAACAGUUAUGGAGUUGUGUUGUACUAACAUUGUGUUCCAAACUCCAAAGAUUUUAACCUGCGUGUAUUUUGAUGUGUAUUAACAUUUUAUAGUUUGUAUGAUCAUUCCAAGUAUUGACACGAAAUUCGAGGGGUUGUGAUUUCAUCAUAUGCUCGAAAAGAAACAGUAGGUGGAAGACGAUGGGGUACUCAGCCCAAUAAACCCUCCAGCAUACUGUACUGAUGGAGCGAAGUAGGAUGGUUGAGAUGUAUGUGCGCGCGCGUGUGUCUGUAUGUUAUCCCUGUAAUGUCUGAAUGUACCUAUCCAUGUUUUCUUGUAUUUGUACCAUACACUGGUCUAGUUCUCCUGUGUGCCUUUGCACACACUAUCCUAACCACUUCCAAAAUAUUUCCUGUAUUGUUUGCAUGAAUAACAGUGCGUGAAUGUGUUUGAGUGAAAGAUUAUAGAGGAGGGAAAAUAUUUAAUGUGCACAUAUGCAUGCGUGUCCAGCCAGCUUGGACUGGUGAUGACUAGCUCUAUCCAGCUGUGGGUGGGGGUGGGAAUCUGUGCUCAGCUAUUACUGCCAUGCACUGUACUGCACACAUACCUAAGCUCACAGCCUUUGUGGUGCAAAAAUUAUUCCAAGCAGCUAAAUUAUUUUAGGAUUUGUGGUUGUUGAUUGCUCUGUAGAUGCCACCAAUUGUUUACCAAUGAUUUAUGUGGUGGGAUAGUGGAUUGUUUACUGUUUUAAUUAGUCCUGACCUAAGGGACCGUGGACUCUGUAGGAGAGCCAUUGGCCAGGGGCCAGGGCCCUGUGUUCUGUGUUAGGAAGAUUUUUGCUUUGGUACUUGCACAGUUACAGUUACCUCAUUUUGCCAUGUAUGUAUUUGAAAUUUGCUAAUAUAUAUAUAGGAAAUGGUUCUGAUGCUAAACAUUUUGUGUUUUCAUCCCAUUUGAAUCAUAUUGUUGUAGCAUUUAACAUAACUAGUUAUAAUGUAUUAUACAUCUGUAAACCAAAUUGUUUCAGAGACAAAAUUUUUAACAGAUUUGUACUUUUUUUAUGAAAGUUGCUAGUUAUGCUUUACCAGGUAGUGCAAUCAUUUUUUAUUGUUGUGGCUGAUUUGAGAGGGUUGUUCACUAAUAAAUGUAUGAUGUAUACCAAUAUAA